CCAUCAACACUUUUAUUCCUUUUCUUCUUCUUAUCCUCCUUCUUCAUGUUCUUGAAGAAUUAGAAUUGAUGGCAGUCAACAGUUAUUCUUCAUCAGCUCAAAUCUCACUUCAGAAAUAUGGUUCAUUUAUGGAAUAUACAAACAAAGAGUUGAUGUCCAAACGAUGCUGCGUCCCACAGAAAACGGCACCGGUUGGUCCAGUAGUAUUGAGAAUCACAUCAUCCAUCAAGAACAAGAUCUAUGAGGACCAAUCUCAGGGCAUAAUUUGCUAUGAAGAUGAAAGUGGAGAAAUAAUUUGUGAAGGGUACGAUGAAGGGCCUCGUUAUCACCGAAUUCCUAGUCCAACUCAACACCCAAGGGAUGUUGAAAUCAUGAAUCUUCAACAACAACAAAGUUGGCUUCAGAUUGUUAAAGGAGAAGAAAUCAAUCAUUUAGCUAAAGGUGCUCUUCAUCUACAAGAGGAUUUAAACUACAAUAAAUGGCUUUAACUCAUUCCAAACCAAUCAGGCUUUUGUCACUCUCAAAGGCUUUAACAGUUACAUGCAGUGCUAAUAUGUAUCAGAAAGGAAUAAUAGCACAAGAAUAUGCAGUAAUUGGUGAAUCAAAUAGGACAUGUGCUGUCUUCAGCACAUUUUCAUGCAAGUUGUACAAAUUGACAGUGCGUGGUGAUGCUUUUCUUAUAUACUUUUCUUUUCAAUCUGCCCAUAUAGUUUCACAUCAGAAAUUCAGAAUCUUAUAUUAUCUGAUAAAUGGAAGGAAGUUAAUUAUGACUCACAAAGCAAAGAUAACUUUGAGUUUAGUAGAACCAUUAUAGAUUUACAGGCAACAUAAUUCUCCAUCCGAGUAUUUAUUGUAAUUUUAUAUUUACGGCU